AUCUUAUUUUCCCAAAAUUUUGCGUUUACGAAACCCCAAAUUCGCCGGAAUUAUUAAGUAAUCAUAAUGAACGAUCUCGACGGUCUCUUAGCUGCCGAUUUCGGGUUCAAACCGCAGGGCAAAGCGGCCCCAAUGGCUGCAUCCAAAGGAUCUUCGAAUGCCCCCAAUAGUAGAAGCCUCAACUUCGAUUUGGGAUCCCGCGGUGCAUCCCGAUCCACUGGUAGCUUUGAUUCUUUCGGUGGUAAUUUUAUGGAUGAUGGUGAUUCGCCGUUUAGAUCGUCGGGUAAUCAGAAGAAUCAAGAUACUGGUGGUUUCGAUGAUCUGUUGGGGGGCUCUGCGAGAUACUCGAGCAAAUCGGAGAGUCGCGGAGCUGAUGCGUCGUUCAAUUUAGAUUCCAUGUAUCCUGGGUCCAGCGAUUUUGGUUCCAAGUCUAUGAACCCCCCUGUGUAUGACAAACCUGUCUAUGACGAUGACAUUUUCGUCGGCGUCCCGGGGUUAAAAAGCUCGUCUACAGCUAAUUAUGAUGAUGUUUUUGCAUCGGUAUCUUCGGCCCCAGAAAGAAGUAGUAGCGCAUUGGAUGAUCUUCUGGGUGGGUUCGGUCAGUCUAGGCAUGAUGAGAAGAGAUCGGAGAAGGAUGACAAAAAUAAUCAAGAUUUUGACGGUUUGAUUCCUGGAUUUGAUGGAAGUGGAAUCCAUAGUGAAAGGCCUGCUCCUGAUAUUGGUUUCUCCUCAGAGCAAACUACCACGGAAUCUAAAACAACCUCCAGUGUGACAGAUGAUCCUUUCAAAGUAUUUGAAUCAGCUUCAACCCCAAUGGAGUCUGCAGGCCACUUUACUGAUCCUUUGGAAGAAAUUGGUAAAUUUAGUAGUUCCAGAAGCACACAAAAUGAUAGUUCUUCAAAUUCUAAUGGCAGAGUAUAUGAUGAUAUUGAUCCCUUCGAUGGGCUUGGAAAAUCAGUACCUGCAUUCUCAUCAGAGAGAAAUAACAGAAAGGAUACCAGUCCUCCAAAGACUAAUGCAAGCUCAGGUUGGGCUGGAGACAAAGAACCAGAUGAGAAAUCUUCUGUGAAGAGUCCUGAGAGACACUCACAAAACAAGUUUCCUGUUGGCCAUGAUUGGGGAUUUCCACAGACACCCUUUGAUGGGCCUACAUAUUCAUCAUCUGAUUCUAGUAAACCAGUUGGCCAACGGGCUUCUUCCCCUUCAUAUGAUAAUGAUGGUUUUAAAGAGGCCAAUAUUCAGACGGACACUUCUCCAGAAUUUGAAGAAAAUUUGGAAUCAUUUAAUGAUGUGUGGCUGACAGUAUCUGAGAUUCCUCUUUUUACACAACCAACGGCUGCUCCCCCACCUUCAAGACCUCCUCCUCCAAGACCUGUACAAGUUUCUAAAUCAGGAUCUGCCAAUGCUAGAAGGAAAGCUAGUGAAUUUUCAUCUUUUCCUAGUUCCACUGGAUUCUCCCAGGGUCCCAAGUCUUCUGCUGCAGCAAGAGUUUCCUCUACAUCUCCGUUUGAUGAACAUGAGGAUUUUGCUGCAGACGGGACUUAUAAUUAUGAUGAUGAGCAUGAAGGUGGUGUUCCUGAUGAAGAAUUAGAGAUGAAUUCAGCUGCUGCUGCUAUGAAGGAGGCUAUGGAUAGGGCUGAAGCCAAAUUCAGGCAUGCAAAGGAAGUUAGGGAGAGAGAGAGUACCAAGGCUGCCAGAAGCAGAGAAGCUGGGCCAUUUGAGAGAGAUGAGAGAGCUGUGCAGGAAGAGAGAGAGAAACAGGAAAAGCUAGAUCGUGAACGACAGCAAAGAGAGAGGGAGGAAAGAGAGAAAAGAAGACUUGAAAGGGAAAAGGAGGAGAAAGAAAAAGAGAAACAGCGACGUGAGAGGGAAAGAGAAAUGGCAAGACAGGCUGUAGAAAGAGCUACAAGAGAAGCACGUGAAAGAGCAGCUGCCGAAGCUCGUCAAAGAGCUGAGAGGGCAGCUGUUGGAAAAGCUAAUGCUGAAGCUCGAGAGCGAGCUGAAAGGGCUGCCGUUCAGAGAGCGCAAGCUGAGGCCCGUGAAAGAGCUGCUGCUGAGGCAAGGGAAAGGGCUGAAAGAGCUGCUGCAGAAGCAAGGGAAAGAGCUGAAGCAAAGGAGAGGGAAGCACGGGAUAGAGCAGCUGCGAGGGCUGAAGCUGAAUCACGAGCUAGAGCAGAACGUGCUGCUGUGGAAAGGGCUGCUGCUGAGGCAAGAGAAAGGGCUGCUGCUGAGGCACGAGAAAGGGCUGCAGCUGCUGCAAGGAUGAAUCAACAAAAGAAUGAAAAUGAUCUUGAAUCUUUCUUUGGCAUGGGUACAAGAGCUAGCAGUGCUCCAAGGCCUCCUAGGGCUAGCUCUUCAGAUUCUUUAUUUGAUACCCAAUUUCAGGCAGAUACAAGGAAAUCAACUGGGGCAUCUACGAGCAUGAAGAAAGUAUCAUCGUCAGUUAAUAUUGUUGAUGACCUUUCCUCAAUUUUUGGAGCUGCUCCAUCAUCAGGAGAGUUUCAAGAUAUUGAAGGGGAAAGCGAAGAAAGAAGAAGAGCCAGGUUGGAGCGCCACCAGAGGACUCAGGAGCGAGCAGCAAAAGCAUUGGCUGAGAAGAAUCAGCGAGACUUGCAAACACAAAGAGAGCAAGCUGAGAGACAUAGGCUUGCUGAAACGUUGGAUUUUGAAAUUAAGCGGUGGGCUGCAGGAAAAGAGGGGAACUUGCGUGCUUUGCUCUCCACUUUACAAUAUGUGCUUUGGCCUGAAUGUGGUUGGCAGCCAGUUUCUUUGACUGAUUUGAUCACAGCCGCGUCAGUUAAAAAGGCUUAUAGGAAAGCCACAUUAUGCAUCCAUCCUGAUAAGGUGCAGCAGAAGGGUGCCAAUUUACAACAGAAAUAUGUUGCAGAGAAGGUGUUUGAUCUACUCAAGGAAGCAUGGAAUAAGUUCAAUUCAGAGGAGCUUUUCUAAUUUCUGAUGAGCUUAGCGAGUUGAAAGAAAUUUGUUCACGGGGACAUCCGUUUUAUCAGCCGCCUCCCUCAUUGCAUGGGUGUGGAUUGAGGUUCAAGUGGGCAAGUUUUCAAAAUAUUGCUUCCGUCCGUGAGGGUUGGCUGAGGGAGAGUUGACGUUGUUCCAGGGGGUUGUUACUUUGGGGUUUCCACACCUGUUUAUGAAUGUGGCAUGUCCUGUUAAGAUGUAAAAUAUCGUUGUGGGGAUCCCUCUUCAUGUCAAUUUUAUUCAUUUAUCUAAGUGAGGGCUCAUGAGUGGUCUGUUUUUUUUUUUUUUUUGGUCUGUCCAUUUGAUUACUUGUGAUAUAUAAUACGAUUUAUUCAAUAUAUAUACAUACACCCCAUCCAGUGGAUUGAGAUCAAAA